GAGAACAUCCUCCGACGACACAUCUCUCUCUCUCUCUCUCUCUCUCUGCGCUCGCGCGUCCUUCGUCCCUCAGCGACCCGAGAAUUUUCAGGGGAAAAUGCAGAUUUUGGGCGCGACGAACGAAGCUUUGAUGAGCAUUCCGUCGGCGUCGGGUGGAGGCCUCAAGUCCCCUUCCGAGUUCAGGCAUUUCCACCCUUUCUCGGGUUCUAAGUUCUUCCUCUCUGGUGGUCUCGUCAAGAGAUGCCGCUCUUUUGCUAUCCAGACAUUAGGGAAUGGGCGGGGAAAGUAUCGAGCAAGAGGCUCAAUGAUUAGAGCCUCUGGGGAUUUGAGUGACAACAUAGUCCCGGUCACUCCUCUAACAUUUGAGUCCCCAAUCGGACAGCUUUUGGCACAAAUACUCCAAAAUCAUCCACAUUUACUUUUAGCAGCUGCUGACCAGCAGCUUGAGAACCUUCGAAGUGAAAGAGAUGCUGAAAAAGAAAAGAAUCCUGCAUCAGGAGAUCUACUCUACCAGAGAAUUGCUGAGGUCAAGGAGAAGGAGAGGCGCAAAACACUGGAAGAGAUAAUAUACUGCUUGAUUGUGCAGAGAUUUGUGGAAAAUGACAUCUCAAUGAUCCCGAAGAUUACGGCAACGUCAGAUCCCGUCGGUCGUGUGGAUUUUUGGCCUAACCAAGAAGAGAAGCUCGAGUCCAUCCAUUCUCCCGAAGCUUUUGAAAUGAUACAGAGCCACUUGUCCCUUGUGGUUGGAGACCGAGUAGUGGGACCUCUGGAUAACAUUGUACAGAGUAGCAAAAUCAAACUUGGAAAACUGUAUGCCGCUUCUAUAAUGUACGGGUAUUUCCUUAGAAGAGUGGACGAGCGAUUUCAACUUGAAAGGACCAUGAACACUCUUCCUGAGGGAUAUACUGAGAAACGGGUGAGGUCGGAGGGUCCGAUACCGACGAGCCCAUUUUGGGAUCCAGAUUCUUUGAUCAGAAUUCCACCUGAUGAUGGCAGCGAUGGUGAUGGAGGCGGUUUCAUGGACUCAGAAGGAGGCAAAUCAUAUAGGCUCCGGUCGUACGUGAUGUACUUGGAUCCGGAAACUCUUCAGCGAUAUGCGACCAUAAGAUCCAAGGAGUCUAUUUCCUUAAUAGAGAAGCAGACUCAAGCAUUGUUUGGAAGGCCUGAUGUAAGUGUCGCGGAGGAUGGUUCCAUUGACACGUCGAGUGACCAAGUCAUCUCCGUCACGUUCUCUGGGUUGACGAUGCUGAUUUUGGAGGCAGUAGCAUUUGGAUCGUUCCUGUGGGACAUGGAAAACUAUGUCGAGUCCAAGUACCAAUUCGUGAAAAGCUAGAGACAACAAAUUUUUUUUGGAAAGAGCAGACGUUCUUCGAAGCUGUACAAAAGGCCAUUACUCUCAUGUUUCUCCUAGUGUAGUCUAUCUUAGGCUGUUCAUAGUGUAUCAGAUCACAAACACUCUGCUCGUAUUGAUUUACAGACCCGGUACACGAUUUCGAACGCGGGAUCCUUACACACUAAAGCAAGGCGAUAUGUCGCAGACUGCAUUGAUCGACGCGGGCCUAAAUCGAUCUGUCUAGUGCUAAUUCAGGAGCAUAUCUCGUGUGAAAAAUCCCCUGUUUUCUCCAUUGCCAUGUCACUGUGGAUCAGUUGAUCCUAUUCUUACCAUGUACAGUCACAUCUCUCAU